AUGUAUUCAGCUAGUAACAAUCAUGACUCUUUUACAGCUAUUAAUUGUUGGAAUGCUAGUACUAGUGAUAUCGAAUGGGAAGAUCCUGAUAAAACAUAUGUUUGUUUAGACAGUGAUUUUAGUUUGAUGACCAAUAGUACUAAAGCAUCUUCGACUAUAUCGGAUGAUAAUUAUAAUGACAUUCAUGAACUUUCUUUUAAUUAUGAUUAUAAUACAUUUCAAAAAGCUCAAGAAGCCGCAUGCUUUUUUGAAAAUAAUGAUAAUACUGACUUUGAUGAUGAGUAUGAUAAAAUUACUUCCAGUGAUACAGACUAUUUAUUUGCAGAUUCAAUAGAAAGUAGCAAUAUACAAGAAGAUGACUAUAUCAUACAAGAUAUCUCAUGCAAAAAAUUAGGUCAAUGUGUUGUUCUUGACAUUUAUAAUGGAGAAGUAAAGCGUUGUCCUAAUUAUGAGAGACCUAGACACUUAUUAAGACCACUUCACCAGCUUGUAGGAACUUGGGAAAUUAAUAGUUCUGUUAUUGAUAAAAACAAUCCUCGUGCAUUACCGCUCAGUGAAAUUAUGACUAAAAAUAAUAAUCAGAAUGAUACAGAUGAAUCAGUACCAAGCAUGAUGGCUAUAAAAACAGCUAUGUGA